AUUUAAACUUCUGCUGAUGAAACAUCAUAAUAAACAGUACAUUUAUAAAGUCAGGGGAUACAUAACACUCAUCACUCAUGUUCAAGCAAUUAAACACUCUUUGUUACCUAGGAAUUGCAAACAUGAGGAUUUCUCUGCUGUAUUCCAAUGCUGAACUAGUGCAGAAGGAGCAAAGGGGUGGAGGCAACUGCCCCAAUUUGGUGUCAGAACGUUGGUGUGAUGCCUCCAGCUCUGUCCUGCAAUAAACACUGCAAUAAGAAUCAAAUUUCUUUCUGUGUUUGGACAGAUGAGCGAGAGUCUGUACUGAAUGCUGUCCCACACUGCUGACAGCCCAGAUGACUGUAAAAAAGCAAUAAGAGUCAAUUGAAAUGUUACUAGAGAGGCAUUAAUAGAGAAGCCAGAAGAUCAUUUAAGAGCACUGGUAGAGCACACUCCAGAAUGGUAAUUAUGUUUACUUUCCUGUUCUUUUUGUUUUUCUUCUACCCCUCUCUUUUCCACUCGUUUGCUCUCUUACGCCUUCUCUAUUGGAACUUAGGAGUUAUUUUCAUGCACACAUGUACACAUUGGCAGAAUAGGACACUGGGGAAGGCACGUGUCUGGUGGGUGACAUAAAAUCCUCAGGUGUUUGAAAGUACAGUGUGUUCCAUGGCCACGCUCUGACUGAACAAGUGUUCCAAACCCGGCCGUGCUGAGUUUGAAGUCUGGGGUGUGCCUGAGCCCUGCCUGGGUGAAUUUGCACACGUGGGGUGUGGGGAGGGCAGGAGGCAGCGGUGCAGCAGGGUGACCUCUUCCCACCGCGCUGUGACACUGAAGCGCCGCAGCAGGUGCCGGGCCCAGGCUGUGCCUCCCGCCCUGCAGCCCAGAGCCAGGCUCCUGCACAGACCUGCCACCACUCAUCCCAACGGGAAGGAAACGCCGCUGCAGACACCAUGCGCGAGUGCAUCUCCAUUCACGUUGGCCAGGCUGGAGUUCAGAUAGGAAAUGCAUGCUGGGAACUCUUCUGCCUGGAGCACGGCAUUCAGCCAGACGGCACCUUCAAGGAUCUGCAAGACAAACUCAAGUGUGAUGACUCCUUUACCACGUUUUUCAACGAAACAGCCACUGGGAAGCACGUGCCACGGGCUGUAAUGGUGGACUUGGAACCAACUGUAGUAGAUGAAGUGCGGGCUGGCACCUUCCGGGAACUUUUUCAUCCAGAACAGCUGAUCACUGGAAAGGAGGAUGCAGCCAAUAACUAUGCCCGUGGCCACUACACCAUUGGCAAAGAAAGCAUUGAUGCAGUGCUUGAUCGUGUCCGUAAGCUGACUGAUGCGUGUUCUGGGCUGCAAGGAUUCCUGAUCUUCCACAGCUUUGGUGGGGGUACUGGCUCUGGCUUUACCUCCUUACUGAUGGAACGCCUCUCUGUGGAUUAUGGAAAGAAGUCCAAACUGGAGUUUGCCAUCUACCCAGCCCCUCAGGUCUCCACCGCUGUGGUGGAACCCUACAAUUCCAUCCUGACCACGCACACCACCCUGGAGCAUUCGGACUGCGCCUUCAUGGUGGAUAACGAGGCCAUCUACGACAUCUGCCGCCGGAACCUGGGCAUCGAGCGCCCCACCUACACCAACCUCAACCGCCUCAUCAGCCAGAUCGUCUCCUCCAUCACCGCCUCGCUGCGCUUCGACGGGGCCCUCAACGUGGACCUGACGGAGUUCCAGACAAACCUGGUACCCUACCCACGCAUCCACUUCCCCCUGGUGACCUACGCCCCCAUCAUCUCCUCCGACAGGGCGCACCACGAGCAGCUCUCGGUGGCUGAAAUCACCAACGCCUGCUUCGAGCCCAACAACCAGAUGGUGAAGUGCGACCCGAGGCACGGGAAGUACAUGGCCUGCUGCAUGCUCUACAGGGGGGACGUGGUCCCCAAAGAGGUCAACGUGGCAAUCGCCGCCAUCAAGACCAAGAGAACCAUCCAGUUUGUCGAUUGGUGCCCAACAGGCUUCAAGGUUGGGAUCAACUAUCAGCCUCCCACCGUAGUUCCUGGUGGAGACCUAGCCCAAGUUCAGCGAGCGGUCUGCAUGCUGAGCAACACCACGGCCAUCGCCGAGGCUUGGGCCAGGCUUGACCACAAGUUUGACCUGAUGUACGCCAAGAGAGCUUUUGUGCACUGGUACGUGGGGGAAGGCAUGGAGGAGGGAGAAUUUGCAGAGGCCCGAGAGGACCUGGCUGCCCUGGAAAAGGACUAUGAAGAAGUGGGAACUGACUCGUUUGAAGAAGAAAAUGAUGGGGAGUAAUUUUAAAAUACACUUCGUUUCCUAGUGAGC